GCAACGCGAGUUGUGUCAGUGUAGAAUCUGUAGAAAUUUUACGUUUUCUUUUAGAAAUUCAAUCCCAUUAGAAUGUAAAAUAUAGAAUUUGUGUAACAUUAUCCAUAAACUGGUGUUGUGAUGUUCGUAGUAAGUGUUGUUUUAUUUAGUUACGUGCUUAGACAGUGAUAAAUUUGUUACGAUGGCAAAAAAGUCGGAGAAUGUCGGGGGAAAGCUGGUGACGGUGUCUGUUGUGGGACUGUCUGGUACGGAAAAGGAGAAGGGUCAGCUGGGUAUCGGCAAGUCUUGCCUUUGCAACCGCUUCGUGCGCACCAACGCUGACGACUACAACGUUGAUCACAUAUCCGUCCUAAGUCAGUCCGACUUCAGCGGUCGAGUGGUAAACAACGACCACUUCUUGUAUUGGGGCGGCGUGCCGAAGGAAAAUGAUGAGCAGGAGUACCGCUUUGAGGUCAUCGAGCAGACGGAAUUCGUUGAUGAUGCCUGCUUCCAGCCAUUCAAAGUGGGCAAAACAGAGCCGUACGUGAAGCGAUGCGUCGCCACAAAGAUACAGUCGGCAGAGAAGUUGAUGUACGUGUGUAAGAACCAGCUGGGUAUAGAAAAGGAGUACGAACAACGGCUGAUGGCUGAUGGCAAGCUGACUGUGGAUGGCUUUCUCUGCGUGUAUGAUGUCAGCCUGGUGCCCGGCAGGACGUGGGAGAAGCAGAAUGAAAUAACAGCGGCAAUCCUCCAGAACAUAAUAAAACUGAAGAAACCAGUUGUCCUUGUGACAUCAAAGAAUGAUGAAGCCUGUGAGCAAGGGGUGAGAGAGGCGGAGAGACUGGUCCAGAGGAAGGAGUUCAAAGGCAGUAUACCAAUAGUGGAGACCUCCAGCCAUGAUAAUGUCAAUGUGGACCAGGCAUUCUUCCUGCUCGCUCAGAUGAUUGAUAAAGCUAAGGCUAGGAUUAAGGUGGCCAACUAUGCGGAGGCUUUGAGAAUAAGACGUGAGACUCUGGACUUUGUGACGGAGGCAUUUACUCAGCUCAUUCGGAUACAUGUACAAGAUCACAAGGAAAUGUGGUCCGCAGCCAGCAAAAGAUUAUGUCACUUUCCAGAAUGGAUAAAGUUUGUUCAGCAGUUUGGAAAUGAUGGCACUCAGGUGGUAUACCGUCGUCACAUACGACGUCUGAAAGAAGAACGCUCGGCGAAGAAACUCCGAAAGCAACUAGCUAAGCUGCCACAAGCGCUGUCUCGUAUGAACCUGCCUACUGAAGAUCUUCAGGAGAACGACUGGCCGAUGGUAGUCCGUCAGCUGCGGUCGCACCGUGACUUCCCGGUUUACUUCAGCGAGGGGCGCGGCCGGGACUCCGCCUCGGGCUCCGGCUCUGACCUCGACAGCCCGCUCAAUACUGAUACCACGCUACGGCUUGGAGAACGAGUGCGAUAUCAGACUUUGGGGCAAUCACAGAAGAUACCUUACGAUAUAUUGGAGACGAAUGAAGCGGCCGCCGUAUUCAAGACCUUCCUACACGAGGCUCAAGAAGAACAGAGGAAUUACGAAUGGUGCCAGCAGUUCAAGCGUCUGCUGGAGGAGACAGGCUAUGUGACGCCGGGCAAGCAGCUGUCGGAGGUGCGCGUACUGCUGAUGGGCCGCGAGUGCUACGAGGCGCUGUCUGAGGAGCAGCAGCAGCGCGUUUAUGAUCAGCAUCAGCGUCAGAUACAGCGUCGCGCCAAGCAUAACUUGCAGGAGCUGCUGUUGGAACAUGCGGACUUGUUCUAUCAUUUUAAAAGCAUAUCACCCACCGGCACUAUCACACAAGAAGAUAUUAAGGAAAUCACUGAUGUACUACAAGAUGAUUUCAGGUACAAGAUGUUGGACCGCAUGGAGCAGGAUCGCAAGCUGCUGCUGUUCCAGCAUCUCGGCUUUGUGCACUGUCCCAUGCGCGAGCACUGCCCCGCCGCCGCCAACUGUCUCGAUGCCACGCUGCCCGUCAUACUGAACACACGAGUUGGAUCUUUAACAUCAGGAAGUGAGUCGCAAUGUCAGGCAGGUCCGCCUGCCGCUCCCUGGGCCCUCACCACAGAUUCCAAUCAGAUAAAUGUCAUCAUAUUGGGGAUGGAGGGCGUGGCUGGUGAGUUCGGGUCGCGGUUGCUGGCGGGAUGUGAUGCUGCGCGUCGUGUCUGUGUACGCGGACAACCCUGGCGGGUGCAGCAGCGGCUGAGGCUUGCUGAUGCUGAUGACACCACCGACACUGAUGAUGACUUCGCACCUAACGGUUAUUUCUGCGUCUAUCAAGACCAGGAGUCGUUUGAAUUCAUCAGAAAUUGUGCGGAGAAAACGCUGCUGUCGAGUCUUGAGCAAGAAGAUAAAUUACCUUUUCAAGGUCUUCCAUUAGUGGUGAUGUUCGUACAAGAUGAAGGAAUGGACAAAAAGGAACUCGCCAGGUUGCAGGAGGAGGGGCAGAACCUUGCUGACAACUUACAUUGUUCGUAUAUGGAGGCGGCGGUGAGUGAGUUGGGCACGGAGGUGCUGACUGCUGACGCUAUCCAGGAGCUCAUCCGCACCAACAGAGAGAAAGCGAGCUAUGCCCAUCUCUACAGAGACCUCAUCGUCUGCUUCGACUCUGAUAUACGGAUAAUGGUGUGCAUGUUCUGCGAUGACCCAUACUCACCGGAGCGUGUGCUAGGCCCACUGCUGGGCCACCGCGCCUGCUUCCUUACCGGCGACCGCUCUAUUGUCAUAGAGACCUUCCUCGGAGACUCAAAGAGGAAAGUCGAGGUGAUAAUAUCGAGCUUCCAUGGCGCCAGUCAAUUCAGAGAGGAGCUGAUUCAUGGAUUUAUACUAAUAUACUCUGCCAAGAGGAAAGCUAGCUUGGCUACUCUCAACGCAUUCUCGAUGAAUAUCCCCAACCUGCCGAUCCAAAUGGUGGCGGUGACUGAUGGUGGUGGAUCUGCAGCUACCGCGUUCUUCGGCACCGACCUCGGCCACGCCCUCAUCACGGAGGGCAAUGCCACUGCUGACAGACUUGGUGCUCACUUCACUACUUAUACGUCCAGCGCUGAGAACAAAUCUGCAUUCUACACGCCAUUCUUCAAGGAGGUGUGGGAGCGUAAAGGCGAGAUUGAGCGCGCCUUCCGCAUGGAGCAGCCUCACAACUUGCCAGAUGUGGCUGCAGCGCGCCCCGCACCACCACCGCGACACCACUCCCACCAUCUCAACCACAAGAUGGAACAUAAACUGACUAACUCAUUGGAUCUACUGAUCGGUCCUGACUCACGAGCUGAUAUCGACUCUGAAUACAGUGACACCUUGAACAACUCCAAGAAUAGAGGCUUCCUUAAAGGAUUCAGCGUGUACCCGCCGCCGAGUACUCCGCCCGAGCCUGCACCACCGGACCACAGGAUGCACGCCGAUCUGUCCCCGGAUCUGAACUGCUCGGAGGAGUCGCUGAGCACGCACGAGUCAGAUGGAGGUGGAGUGUGGCAGCCUGCGGGCUACGGGCACCGCGCAUUCACAACUGGUCGUACGCGACCCCAACCCCCGCCACAGCGACCCAGGCAUUCUCAAACACUCAAGCAACCUGGCAAAUUGGAUAUGAAUAACUACACGAUGGUGAGCGAUGCGCUACAACACAUUACUAUAGGACCUCCGCACUCGCGCGAUAGAAAGACGGGGCGCGGCUGGACGCACGCGGGCGCGGGCGCGCAGCACCACCACCCCUCCGGCGUCAGCUCCGAGACCGAGCUCGACGCGCAGUACGCGCAGAUUAAAGAGACUAAUGAAUACAUGGAGGCUCCAUCUAUGACCAGGCUUAGGAGACAUAGAAGACAUGAAAAGACUACUUUACAUCAACCAUCAUUCUCGGAGACUGACAGUUCCGGGUCCAGCGAGGCGUCAGGCGGCGCGGCGCGGAUACACGCGCGGCGGCGGCACAACGCGCACCACGCGCCCAGACAUUACAAGAAGAGGUCUCUAGGCAACUUAGUGGCGGUUCAGAGUCCGCGAGUACCGAAGUUGGGCAUGUUUGUAGGUCCACCCGAGUUGCCCAGCGGAUACCGGGCGAGGACUCAAGAAGAUAAAGCGGCUGCGAGCGACUCCAGUGACGGUAGUUCGGAUGGCGAGACGCGACGUCCUCGCCCUCUACCGCCUCCUCCACAUCAUGAGCCAACGCAUAAGUUAUUAUCCGGGGAAUACCCGUCCUCGGCUCAAGACAACUCAUCCUCGAGUGCGGCUGACUCUCGGCGCCGCGGACAACCCUUCAGCAAACACGACCGCAGGCAUAAGGAAUUCUCCAAAAGUAAAGACAAAAAGAAUUCAUCACAGAUAACAAAUGCACCAUCGAUACAGAAUUGGGGUCCACAGGGUCCACACGGUGUGCCGCUGUUCGUAGAGAAGUGCGUGGAGUUCAUAGAGCGAGAGGGCCUUGCUUCAGAGGGCCUGUACCGCGUGCCCGGCAACAGGGCGCAUGUCGAUAUGUUAUUCAGCAAGUUUUAUGAAGACCCCAAUAUAGAUCUAGAAGCAUUAGACAUCCCAGUGAAUGCCGUAGCGACUGCACUCAAAGACUUUUUCUCCAAGAAACUGCCGCCCCUCUUGGAUGAGACCAGCAUGUCACAAUUGGAAGAUAUUGCUGCGAUGCGCGGUUGUAUAGCGGGCGGUGUGGAGCUGAAGGACCGCAGCUGGAGGCUGCUGGCGCUGCGCUCGCUGCUCAACACCGCGCUGACGCCCGUCGCCCGCGCCACACUCGACUACGUGCUGCAUCACUUUGCCAGGGUCGCGGACAAUUCUAAGCUGAACUCGAUGGACAGCAAGAACCUGGCUAUCUGCUGGUGGCCGACGCUGCUCCCAGUGCAGUUCUCAGACAUGGGCCGCUUCGAGAUGACGCGCCCCUACCUCGAGGACAUCGUGCAGACUAUGAUCGACCAGCAUCCCUUCCUCUUCAGGGGGCAGGAGGCCUUUGUUAUGGUGUGAGGAACGUGUGAACCCACAAUGCAUGUUGCAUUCGUGAUGAACGACGUGUGACGUCAGCGGGCCGGUGUGACGUCAUCACGCGAGCACGCCAGCAGUUCGUAACGUGUGUAUGGAACUUGCCGCCGCAGUGGCGAUGUCGUGACAGCUAGUGCGUAAGUUUGGCUUGGGGCGCCACUGUCGCGCGACUGACACCUGUCAAUGUGACAGUGACAGUUGGUGACAGCCGAGUGUACCCACUCUUGAGUUGCUGUGGUCGUUAUAAAUUAAGUAUGGAAGUUCGGCCGUUGUUCCAGUGAUUUAAAUGCGGUUUAUUUUGUACAAGUGUUGUCAUAUCAUAUCGCGCUUAGUGGACGGCGAUCUUACGAGUUGCUUGCAUUUUGAUGUCUAGACGCUUUUUAUAAAAUGAAUUUCGACUUAGUGUGAACACAACGGACGCCAUUUUGUAACGUACCCGUCGUUCGAAAUCGAAUCGCAUUUCGUUUAGUAUUAAGGUUGAAAUUCGAGCACAAAAUCUUAAAAUUAAGUAAUACCGAAUGAUAUAAUGUAAGCAAUUAUAUUUGUAUAAUCGAUUUAUGGCAACACCAUUUACGAGCACAUUCCG